CCUUUCUAGCAGAGGAAGUGUGUGGCCGGUUUAGCAACUGCUGUUCUUCUUGAUAGCCUGGGUCUCUAUGUCCGCGGAGGCCUGGCCACCUGCUCACUGUGCCGAAGCAGCAGCAGCUGAUGGAGAGACGGUGACGGCGCUCCUGGCAGGCCCGCGGCAGCUACUCCCAGGGGAGACCAUGCCCAGCUUUUGAAGGCUUCGAGCAUCUUCGACAGCCCAGGGAGACAGAGCGAUGGGAAACAGUAUGCGAUCCAGCCCAGCCCCUCCCGAGAGGCCUGUGCCCAGCCCAGAUGGACUGGAUAGCGACUUCCUGGCCGUGCUGAGUGAUUACCCAUCUCCUGACAUCAGCCCCCCCAUAUUCCGCCGAGGGGAGAAACUACGAGUGAUUUCUGACGAAGGGGGCUGGUGGAAAGCCAUUUCCCUUAGCACUGGUCGAGAGAGUUAUAUUCCUGGAAUAUGUGUGGCCAGAGUUUACCACGGCUGGCUGUUUGAAGGGCUGGGCAGAGACAAGGCAGAGGAGCUGCUCCAGCUGCCAGACACGAAGAUGGGCUCCUUCAUGAUCCGAAAGAGUGAGACGAAGAAAGGUUUUUAUUCUCUCUCGGUGAGACACAGGCAGGUGAAGCAUUACCGCAUCUUUCGCCUGCCAAACAACUGGUAUUACAUCUCCCCGAGGCUCACCUUCCAGUGCCUGGAGGACCUGGUGAAUCACUAUUCUGAGGUGGCUGAUGGCCUCUGCUGUGUGCUGACCACACCCUGCCUCACUCAGAGCACGGCCACCCCGGCCGUGAGGGCCCCUGACUCGCCUGUCACCUUGCGCCAGAAGACCUUCGACUGGAAGAGGGUGCCCAGACUGCAAGAGGACCCUGAGGGAGCCAGGAACCCACUUGGUGUGGAUGAGUCCCUUUUCAGCUACGGCCUUCGAGAAAGCAUCGCUUCCUACCUGUCCCUGACCAGCGAUGACAACACCUCCUUUGAUCGCAAGAAGAAAAGCAUGUCCUUGAUAUACAGCGGGAGCAAGAGGAAGAGCUCCUUCUUCUCAUCACCACCAUAUUUUGAAGACUAGCCGGAGAAUAGACACCAUUGUGUACCCAAAAUAACAGAGGUUGGAACUGUCACCUGGGAUAUGGCAAGGAGGCAUGGUUCCCCGGCCGCUGGGGAACCACACAUCUUCCAGAAGCCAAGAAAAGGCACAUGGAGACUCGAACUCACAUCUUCUCUGUCCACAUCAUGACAAAGGGAACCCCUCCCUCGUGUCUGAUCAGUACUGAGAUAUCACGAAACGUUGAAUCACGAUGUGAUUGGGCAACAUUUCAGAAGAGCCCCGUGUACUUGUGUGUGCUCGUUGUGUUUGUGGGAAAGAUAAAGACAUUAUCUCACAAGAAAGUGCGCAAGACUGUUCAACGAACUGUCCAAAUGGUCACACUCUGAGCUCAUCGGAGAUAACUUUGGAACAAGAAAAGCCUGGGAAGAAGAUGAGCCGCAAGCUGGGGUCUGGCCAGUCCAGGUUUGCAAACAGGUCCCCUGCCAUGAGCUUUUCUAACCAACCCAGAAAGAGACCUUUGGUACGCAGCUCCUCUCUUUUUAACGGAACUCAGUGACACUAAAUGUUAAUCUUCCUUAUCAUCCCUGAAUCAGGAGAUCCCGGUGGCCUGCUGGUGCCAGGAAUCAGACAGCUUACCUGCCUCCAUAGAGGGCCAGGCAAAGGGGAGAGAGGGAGGCUGCUUGUGGGAAAAUGGGAGGGUCGCCCUGGAGUCGUGCAAGCUUUCCUGGUGUCCCCAGCCGUGGCUUCGUGGCGCAGAAAGAGCUUCUCUGACAGGCUGGGACUCUUGCCAACAAUAAUGCAUCAGUUGUUUACUCAUGAUUGCCUGAAGAGCUAACUGUGUUAGGUCCUAUGUCAGGUUGAAAGAAAGAAAGGGAAUAAAAGAAAAGAAAAAAGGACCAGCAGAGGCACCCACAGUAUAGACAGGGAGAAAAAUCUACAGACAAAUAUUGUGAAAGUGGGUUGUAGAAGGAGAGAUCAGCUCAUGGUUCCGGGGGGACCGGGUCAGGCAAGGGUGGCCCAUGAGCUCAUGUCUCAGCUGCACCUUCACAGAGGGUAAGUGCAGCUGGAUUGAGUAGGCGAGAAUGGUUGGCCUUUUUGGAAAUGGGAAAUUGAUUAAAUUCUAAAGAAUUAAUUCUAAUUCUAAAGGAUUCAUUCAUUUACGUGAUUUUUCUGUAUCAUCAGUGUUUUAUUCUAAGAAGGGCCUGGCAGCCACAUGAAGAAAACUGCUGAGCUCCAGGAAAGAAGGGAGGCAGAGUGGCUUUAAUUCUGUCCUACUAAUUUUAAGAGAUGAGAGAGAAAGCACAGCAAAGUUCUAGAAAAGGAGAAGUAUUUAUCUUGAGGCUGUCCAUCCGGAUCUUGUUAGGAAGGGGGCUGCAGAUGCACCCAUGACUCAUUUUCCCCUGUUGCAAAGGGAUUUGGGGGGAGGGGUGCCCGUGGAACCCUUCGCUGCCUGAUACAAAAUGUCUGUCUGUUCACCACACGCAUUCCGUAGAUCUGAGAUCACUGUGCUGGUGGUAUGUGUAUAUGCAUUUACGUGAUUUUCUGUAUCAUCAGACUCUUGUGUGUUUAUACAAGAAGACAUUUACGGUUUCCCGCAAGAAACCCUAAAGGCCAUUUCAAGGGGCCAGCUGAUGUGUGGGAAAUGAAUAUAACACUGUGGACGCUGACUUCCACCACCAGGGAGGGUGACCUCGCAAAAGCCAGAUGUUUGUACGGUGUCUUAUGCAUUGUUUUCCGUUGUAACUAGUGUGCUGGGAACUUUCGGGGAGCACUCAGAGGUAUUUCUAACUGGGAAGCAUUACACUUUGCUAAAUCAUGUAUUUAUUUCUGAUUAAAAUAUACCCAAUAAAUAUUUAACCUUUGGCA